AUGUUUGCCUCAGCCAGAGCCCUGGCCUCUCCAUUGCUGGUGUACCAGCUCAAUUGGGAGACCUUGAUGACCAAGCUUUGCAACCACUAUGCUCCAAUGCUGUCACGGAUUGCCCGUCGCUAUGUAUUCAGACAAUGUAUUCAAAAAGAAUCCGAGACUGUGAGUCAAUUCCUCCAGUCUCUUCGUAUGGUGAUGAUCCAGUGUGAGUUCAUCGAUCUAGACAACUCACUGGUGGAGCAAUUCAUCUGCGGCAUCAAAGACCCUCGCCUGAGGCGCCGUUUGCUGGCAUGGGCGGAGAUUACCUUGCAGCAAGCCGUGGAUGAGGGCAGAGCCGCGGAGCUCUCCGAACAGUCCACGGCUGACAUGCAGCAGCUCCAAAUGCCUCCUCCUCCUGUCCGUGCCUGCCUCAUAGAUGAACUCGUCCGCUUAGACGAGCUGGAGGACAACCACGAAUAUGAAGCACGGAUAGGAAAAUUCUGUAAACCUGCACCCCAAGCAACAAGGCGUAGACAUUUUGAAUUUGAGCCACUUUCAACCACUGCUCUUAUUCUGGAGGAUCGACCAUCGAACCUUCCUGCAAAAUCUACAGAGGAGGCUUUACGCCACAGACAAGAAUACGAUGAAAUGGUGGCAGAAGCAAAAAAGAGAGAAAUUAAAGAAGCUCACCGAAGGAAGAAGAUAAUGAAAGAACGCUUCAAACAAGAGGAGAACAUUGCUAGUGCUAUGGUGAUUUGGGUCAAUGAAAUUCUGCCUAAUUGGGAGAGCAUGCGUUCUACAAGGCGAGUGCGAGAAUUAUGGUGGCAAGGAUUACCUCCAAGCGUUCGUGGAAGGGUUUGGAGUCUUGCUGUAGGAAACGAAUUGAAUAUCACUCCUG